AACUCAAACCAGUACUUUCUUUUUUGGGUUACAUUUGAGUCCGAACAGUAACAAUGGAGGUGAUAGUUGAAGAAGGUUGUAGAACUCCAAGACACAGUGAGUGUCAAAUACCAGCGGAUUUGGCAUGCCCACCAGCUCCGAGGAAGAAGAAGGUGGGUUAUGUGAUGAAGCAGCGGGACCCGCCCAAGAAUGGUUAUUUUCAGCCACCUGAUCUUGAGGUUCUCUUUACCGUUGCACCCAGGAGAGAAGCUUUUGCUUGGACUUGACUUGAUUUUGAGUGAGUGUGUGUAUGUGACUCACCUAAUUUUAAGUAGGAUCUAUAGAGUUUAGAGAGGUCUGCAGAAUUGCUUUUUUUUUUUUUUUUUGUAAAUUAUAUAUUAUGUGACCCCUUUUGUUUUUGGUUAAGUUAGAGAAAUCCACGAAUGGUCGAAGAAAUAUGUUAACAGUUGCAAAUGUAAGUUUAUUCGGUUGUUUCAUUGCCAUGAUAAGAUGGUACUAGUUGUAACUUGUAACUUGUAACUCAGGCUUUUAGCAGUAACCUUUUAUCUUGCAAAGUUA